GUAAACUGCACUUUAACAAGCCCGUUUGUAAUGUUAUAUGCUCUUCAAUGACUAAGGGGCAGGGGACUGCUAUCCUCUGAAUUCACCUCCGCAUGGAAAGAAUUCAAGUAGCAAAACAUCAGUUUGAUAAGGUUUGAUAUGGUCCCGUGCUCGUACCCGACAAGACCAUGGGUCGAGGACAGGAUUGUCAGUUCACAAGGCGAAUCGAUAAUCCUGUAGGAUUCUCUUUUGACGUUAAUGACGGAUAGGGGCUACUCACAUCCAUCCACCAACCUCUCUCACGGCAGAUCUUCUGUCGAAAUGUCGUCUAUUGUCUUCUCCGAUUCCGCGGUCUUUGAGACCUCUCGGACAAUCAACGGCAGGUCGCUGAAGAUGGUUGCCAAGAGGUACACGACGAACCAUAGCCAGAAUGAUGAUAUGUGCGUAUUCAGUCUCGGUGAAACAGACAAGGAACAUUGGGAACCGACUCUAGACUGCUUAUUUGCGCCGCACGCCGAUCAGAAGCUUAUCCGAGGCAUUCGUGAGAUUUGGUCGUUCGACUGGUUCGCGCAUGGCGAUUCUGCUGUCGCAAACCAAGAACUUCUACAUUCUAAUGAAUUCAUUCCUUCUACGGCGGAGUGGGGAGCAGCUAUUGCAGACUUUGCCCGAUCGCGUUUAGCUUCUCAUCACCUUGUCGCUAUUGGCCAUUCAGCAGGUGCUUCCGCGGUGCUACACUUUGCCAACAGUCUCGGCGAUGCUCGACAGAGCUUUCUCAGAUCUAUCGUGCUCGUUGAGCCAAUAUUCUUCAAUCGAGACGAAUUUGCAAUGUUCGGUGAAGCACCUACAGACCUCAUGAUCAAAGGUAUAGCUGCACAGCGCUUUCAAUGGGAUAACAAACGGAGCGCCUUUAACUGGUUCAAGUCCCGCGUCCCUUGGAAAACUUGGGAUGAGCGUGUGCUUGCUGUUUACGUCAACCAUGGCUUACGGCCCCUGGUAGCUGAUGAUCUGUUUGGACCAGUGGUCACGAAACUGUCCAAGAAGUACGAGUCAUUGUGUUUCGGCGACGUCGAGUGCGAGUGCCAUUUCCAGGCUCCGGAGCUGGUCACGGCUCUGUGCCGUGAAGUUCCGAUUCAUGUAAUCCAAGGGGUGAACAAUCGCGACCUUGUUCCGGAACCUUCGAGCAAGUGUGUCACAGACGAGUCGCGAGGUAGGUUUGUGGCCUCUCACACGUGGGUCCCUCGUGCAGGACAUAUGAUCGUGCAGCAACAGCCUGAAGGUUUGGCACGAGCACUUGUGCGGGUCUUGAAGGGCGAGGCUUCUGGUACUGUUACUCUCCAAGAGGAUACGCGGUCGAAGCUAUGAUAUCUCGCUCUCUGUUCCUCUGAUCUCUUGGUUUCCUUCAUGUUUACUUGACCUUGUAUAUUCCAACUGACAUUCACUAGCCAGACGAUAUCUUUGGACCAUGUGGUAUGCAUAUCAUUGUUAACCUAACUUAUACCAACGGCGCGGCCACAGAGACGUUUCUUUGGCUUCUUCAGGUCCGAAAAACGUUACCGCAUUCGGUCGCCUUGACCCUUGAUUCAACACGAGGCAUGUCAAAGCCACUAUGAUAAGAGGCCUAUAAAAGAGAGCCAUUGGACAAUAGUCUCAUAACCUUCACCUACAUUCCGCAUCUCGCAUUCCCUUCGCUCUAUCUCCCCUAUAGUUAUUCACAACUACAAUUGCAAUCAAAAUGGUAACUUGCAGCAAAAUGUGGCGAGAUAUGCAUCCCGCUCCUACGCUCAACUCCGCGGAG